CCUUGGCCGGACUCGUGGAGUUUUUGCGUUAUUAACGGUAGAGAAAAGCGCGUUGUUCUGAUAUACCUCUGUAAUAACACAAUGGAUCUCGGGGAAUCUGCUGUGGAUAACGCCGGCCAAGUGAUUAAAGAUGAAUUAGCUGAGAAAUGUCAAAAAUUAUUCCAGGCUUUUUUGGAAGAGUUUCACAAUAGCGACGGUGAGGUGAAGUACUUGCGCGACGCAGAGGAGCUGAUCCGCCCUGAGCGCAACACGCUGUUGAUUAGUUUCACGGACCUCGAGGGGUUCAACCAAGAGCUGGCAACCACCAUUCAAGAGGAAUUCUACAGAAUAUAUCCCUACCUGUGUCGGGCAGUGCGCAACUUUGCCAGGGAUCGUGGGAAUAUACCUGUUUCCAAGGAUGUCUAUGUGUCUAUCCAGGACCUCCCAACCAGACACAAGAUCCGUGAGCUGACAGCCCUGAGGAUCGGCUCCCUGGUGCGCAUCAGUGGUCAGGUGGUGCGCACGCACCCUGUGCACCCGGAGCUGGUCAGUGGCACCUUCCUCUGCCUGGACUGCCAGAGCGUUGUCAAGGACGUGGAGCAGCAGUUCAAGUACACGCAGCCCAGCGUGUGCCGCAACCCCGUGUGCAGCAACCGGCGCCGCUUCCUGCUCGACACCAACAAGUCGAGAUUCGUCGACUUCCAGAAGGUGCGCAUCCAGGAGACGCAGGCCGAGUUGCCGCGGGGCUCCAUCCCCCGGAGCAUGGAGAUCAUCUUGCGGGCCGAGGCCGUGGAGACGGCGCAGGCCGGCGAUAAGUGUGACUUCAUCGGCUGCCUCAUCGUAGUGCCCGAUGUGUCCCAGCUCGCUACACCAGGUGUGCGUGCAGAGACCAGCUCUCGCACGGCGGGCGUGCAGGGCUAUGAGAACGAGGGUGUGCGUGGACUCAAAGCACUCGGGGUCCGAGAGCUCUCAUACAAGCUGGCCUUCCUGGCCUGCCAUGUGGCUCCCACCAAUCCCCAGUUUGGUGGGAAGGAGAUCCGGGAGGAGGAGCAGACCGCAGAAAGCAUUAAGAACCAGAUGUCAGUGAAGGAGUGGGAGAAGGUGUUUGAGAUGAGCCAAGACAAAAACCUCUACCACAAUCUGUGUACCAGCCUCUUUCCUACUAUCCACGGUCAUGACGAGGUGAAGAGGGGUGUGCUGCUCAUGUUGUUUGGGGGCGUUCCCAAGAUGACCAUGGAGGGCACGUCUCUGCGGGGGGACAUCAACGUGUGCAUCGUGGGGGACCCCAGCACAGCCAAGAGCCAGUUCCUGAAGCACGUGGAGGAGUUCAGCCCGCGAGCCAUCUACACCAGCGGGAAGGCAUCCAGUGCUGCGGGUCUCACGGCCGCAGUCGUCAGGGAUGAAGAGUCGCACGAGUUCGUCAUCGAGGCCGGAGCACUCAUGCUAGCCGACAACGGAGUGUGCUGCAUUGACGAGUUUGAUAAAAUGGAGACGAGAGACCAGGUGGCCAUCCACGAAGCCAUGGAGCAACAAACCAUCUCCAUCACCAAAGCCGGGGUCAAGGCCACACUGAACGCGCGCACCUCCAUCCUGGCGGCAGCGAACCCUGUCAGUGGACGUUACGAUCGCUCCAAGUCCCUCAAGCAGAACAUUAACCUCACGGCUCCCAUCAUGUCCCGCUUUGACCUCUUCUUCAUCCUGGUGGACGAAUGCAACGAGGUGACUGAUUAUGCCAUAGCCAGACGGAUAGUGGACCUGCACUCCCGGAUCCAGAGCUCCAUUGAGCGUGUGUACACGCUGGAGGAGAUCCGCAGAUACCUGCUGUUUGCCCGCCAGUUCAAACCAAAGAUCUCCAAGGAGUCGGAGGACUUUAUCGUGGAGCAGUACAAGCGCCUGAGACAGAGGGAUGGCGUCGGGGUGACCAAGUCUGCCUGGCGCAUCACCGUGCGGCAGCUGGAGAGCAUGAUCCGUCUGUCUGAGAGCAUGGCCCGCAUGCACUGCUGCGACGAGGUGCAGCCCAAGCACGUCAAAGAGGCCUUCAGAUUACUCAACAAGUCCAUCAUCCGCGUGGAGACGCCCGAUGUCAACCUAGACCAGGAGGAAGACGAGGCCCUGGAAGAGGAAGAGGACAACCAGACGAAUGGCCACGACGUGCCCAACGGCCAUGAGCAUGCUGACGGCGUCAACGGGGUCAACGGGAUCAGCAGUGACAGCCGCAGUGCCAAACCCUCACAGCGGCUCUCCUUCGCCGAGUACAAACGCCUCUCCAACCUCAUAGUCCUGCACCUGCGCCGUGCUGAAGAAGGCGAGGAUGAGGAUGCCUUGAAGAAGAGUGCGGUGGUGAACUGGUACCUGAAAGAGAUCGAGUCUGAGAUCGACUCGGAGAUGGAGCUCAUCAGUAAGAAGGACAUGGUGGAGAAGGUCAUCCAUAGACUGGUGCACUACGACUGUGUCCUGAUUGAGCUGACCCAGUCUGGCCUGAAGAGCUCCACCGGCACCGAUGCACCAGAGGAGGGCGUUACACUGGUGGUCAACCCCAACUACACACUGGAGGACUGAACCUGAUGGUUUCCACCGUAGUGUUUGCCUAAUGUCAAAAAAACGAAAACAAAGUCACACGGCCGUUUUUUGAUUUGGGGGUAAAGGCUACUGGACAGGCAUAGUCCAGGACUUUGUGUUCAGAUUCUGGUUUCUAAUGUAAAAUUGUUUCUGCCCGAAGAUGGAUUUUGCAUCUCUGUGUGGACCUGUUUGAAAAGGAUUUGUGCAAAACUUGUAAAUACAUUGCUCUAAUUUUCUUUGUUCUUUUUCUUUUCUUUUUUUUUUUACAAUGGUUUCAUUUUUAAAGAUGUUUGUAAGUGGUAUAAUAUGAAUGAAGUUUCAUGUUUUUAUGUUUUAUUGCCAGUGCUGACAUACUAAUGUCUGUAUGAAACGUGCUGUUUCUGUGUUGGUCCCAAUACAACAA